GCGACCUGUCAGAUGUUAUAUGUUUCAGUUUUGCUUUGGCAUGGAUAUGCGGUUCAGGACAGGACGAAGCGUCGAUUUUAGUUUGGAAUUUCAGAAAAUUUGGCCCUUAAUUUUAGGUUUUGACGUCUACAGCUUGAAUUAAAUGACACGAAUUUGACGAAUUUCUACAAGUAGCAGAAAUAUGUUACUCUCGUGCUCAAUUUGUCUGAACUUGUUUGACCAGACGUGUGACAUUUUUUGUCUACCAUGUGGGCACAUGUAUCACGUUGCCUGCACCAUGCAGUGGUUCGAGAGGACUCAAUCUUGCCCGCAGUGCAGAAAACCAACCUCAGAGAAUAAGUGCAUCAAACUUUUUCCACAUAUUGCUGAUCAGUCAUCUGUGCAGGACCCAAGUCAGCUCAUGCAAACCAUCGACUCUCUGAACUUAGAAAUACGAAAUUUGAACAAAAGUCGAAAUGAGGGAGAGGCUGAGUUGAAAAAGAUAAAGGAGAACUUUGAUAAUUUGAAAACUGCCAAUGAAGUUGUCAGCGCUGAAAUGGUGCGCAUUAGGAGUCACAACGCACUCAUGAAGAAGGAGAUUAAAUUGUUGAAAAAUGUUGAUUUAGAACUUCAAGAGAUGAAGAAACUCAAACAAAAGGCUGAAAAUGAUUUGAAAAUUUGGAAAAGUGUGAACAAAGUUGUGGAUGGAACAUUUUCUGAAGCUGAUGAGGCUCUGAGAGAUAGUGCCAGUACCUCAGAUGUUGACUCUAUUCUUACCAUGUGUCGCAGUCUAAAAAGAGAGCUGCUUUCCUCAAAGAACAGAAUUCAGCAUUUGAAAAGGGGCAUUGAGCAGGAGAAGAAUCAUGCAAAGGAGAGCAUUGCCAAACUUGAAAAGGAACACAAAGAAGAAGUGGCCCGGCUGCAAAAUCAGAUGGCUGCGUUGGAAAAGGAGAUUAUUACUCUGCAAAUGAAUGCUCGCAAGAAGCCUCGACUGGCCGACAGUCAAAUGGAUGACCUGGGAGUUGGGCUUUUGGAAGACGACAGCCAGAAAAGCUCCGAAUCUGGGCACAAGAACAGUCAGAAAAGUUCAGCUUCGUCCAGCAGGCCUUCCAGCAGCCAGAGCUCCAAAUCUUCAACCAGCACUGCCCCUACCGUUCCCAAGCCUCGCGCAUUGAAGCCUUCCAACUCCAACAAGGUCACAGUGCCUCUGCAGAAGCAAAACAACAUCUUUGGGGUGUCUCGUCUCAGCUCCUCUGGUUCUUCUGGACUGCUCAAGAGGAUGUACGACAACGCUUCAAAGUUGCCUGAGGGGAUGACUUAUGACGGCAUGGGUCGCACUGUCAAGGCUGAAGUUGGUUUCAAGAGCAAGCAAGGGUGGCGCCCAUAGAUUGGCAAAGAUUUAGAUAGUGGAAAAUGUCAGAGACCUAAGAGAUUAAUUGAUUUUUUUUUAUUAAUUCUAAGACCCUUGAAGACUGCUAAAUGUAAAUCUGUUGGACUUUGCAAUUUCCAGCUGAUGCUAUUUUCAUAAGUAUAUUUUUCAAAUAAGAAGUAAUUUAUAGUAUUUCUAGGGUUAAAUUAAUUGCAUUCUAAAAACUGUUGUCCAGGUUUAGCAGAAAAUGUGUAUUUAGCCAAAUCGGCCUUUAAAAACUCAGAAUCAUGUAUCAAUUUGAUAUCAUUAAAUAUCGAGUAUUUUUCAAAGA